AUGAAUGGAGUCGCUAAGGCCGCUCUGGCUUCCCCAGAUCAGUCACACCAGGAAAACGUCUCCCACAAGCAUAUUCCAAGUAUAGCCGACAUUUUGCAAAAGACACCAUCCAGCAGAUAUGUUGACCUGCUUUCAUCCAAGUCGUCUUUUGUGCCAGCCCAUAGACCAACCAAACUGCGUUCUCUCAUGCUUCAACUGGAGGUUACGCGACUCAUAAAUCUCGGUUCGAGAAGUGUACUACUAAAGCUUUUGCUUACGUGGUUACAAGACAAGGGUGCUAAGCGCGUUACUAAUGACGACUUUCUUAAGCUCGUGCCAUAUAUCCUAGAGGCCAUUGUUAAGUGGCAGGGAAUUCUCUUGCAUGGCCAGUAUGAGUACCUGGCCUAUGAGAAACGGUACUCCCCCACUGAACAGCAGGACCUAGCAAAGGAGGUGCUUUAUAGCGUAAGAAAGAUUUAUUCUCGCUUAUUGUUCCCCGAUUCUGAAGAAGAUUACAUUUAUCUGAGAGAAAAGAGACGUUCUUUAGGAGAAACUGAUUACGACUUGACCAUGAAAGAUUACGAAAACUUAAUUCUGCUUGAAUUGAACAACAAUAAAUUGGACUUAGCUUCCAAAUGGUUUGAAAGACUUGAACAAAGAUACCCCGACGACGAAGUCUAUCUGAAGAUGACCUAUAACUUGUGGAUACUUAGGUUUCUUGUCUACGGUAAUGGACUUCCAAAAAAUUGGUCUGCUACCAGUAAGGAAACUAAUACCGCCUUCAGGAAGCCUGUCAAACCAUACCAUACAUCUGAAGUGGAAUGGCACAGGACCUUUAGCGAAUACGCUAAAAAACAGCAUCUCAUGCUGGGUAACAGCAUGUUGAAUUUCGACAAAACCCUCUUGGGCUCUAUCAUUGGCUCUAUUGCAAGCUCCAAGGAUACUGCUCAGAUUUACAAAUUCAUUGAAGAAGUAUGGGGAAUCGAUGAGAAAGGACAGAUUAUUCAGCUGCACAAGAAGCUCGACAUUGACGAUCCAUGUUACCCAGAUAUCGAUACCUUGCGGAGUAUCGUCGUCUCGUUAGUUUACAACGGUCAAGUUGUGAAGAGUAUGCUUUACAUGAACGCUUUCCAGGAAAACUAUGGCAUUGACUUGAGCAAAGAGUCAGAUGAAUUUUGGGGUCAACUUUUUGACUGGGCCGAAUUCACCACUCGUGUUUCUGAAAACAAGUCUCUUGAAUACUUCAUUUGCAAGACCGAUGCAAGAGUUGAAAAAGACGAACAAGGCAAAUUCGUAUUAGAACUCGCCAAAAAGUCGCCGGAUUUCGACUACGAAGGCUUCUUGACUUUUAUGACCGACUUGAAGAACCAAAGAUCCAGACUCAUUGAAGAAUUGUGGAAGUGCUACCGUGAAGCCGGAGCAAACUAUUCAAUGAGAGCAUUUGUGGCAUACCUUUCUGUUAUCAAAGCCAGCAAAGAAGAAACGAAACUUUACGAAUACCUCAAACUUGUUGCCCAAUGUCUUCAUGAAAAGGACUUACCUGCUGGUAGUUUCAACACUGUGUGGAAGAAAGCCCCAGAAAGACUUCGAACACACUAUGAGGAUGCUCUCGUAGCCCUCAUUGAAUUGAAGGCUACCGCUGGCGAACUUGAAGUGAUUGAGGUUGUGAUCCGGAAAUGGGCGCUAGACGCAGAGAUGGAGACGUCAUUAAAGAAAUACGUACUGAACCAAAAAAGCCGGUACUUGGAACUCAAUGCUACAGAACAGAAUGACGAAGACGGAGAUGACGAAAACUUUUUGGGCCUCAUUUAA